AUAUUUUCGAUAAUGCAACCAACUGCAAUACGUUUAGAAGAUUACGACAAAUCGAAGCUUCGCCUUCCGUUUGAGUCUCCAUAUUUUCCAGCGUAUUUUCGUCUUCUCAAAUGGAAAUUCCUUGAUGUAUGCGUGGAGAGUACACGAAACAACGAUAUCGGAUAUUUCAAACUAUUUGAAUCGCUGUUCCCGCCAGGAAAAUUGGAAGAAAUUGCCAGAAUGAUCAUUGACGAGCCAACUCCAGUUUCUCAUGACCCGGACAUGAUUAAAAUCAGAAAUGCCGAUCUCGACGUUAAAAUCAGAAAACAGGCAGAAACAUACGUUACAUUGCGUCACGCACAUCAGCAGAAAGUUCAAAGGAGAAGAUUCUCGGAAUGUUUUUUGAACACUGUUUUGUUCGAUGAGAAGGGACUCAGAAUUGCUGACGAAGUGAUGUUUAACUACGAUAAAGAACUUUAUGGAUACUCACACUGGGAAGAUCUUCCUGAUGGCUGGUUAACUGCUGAGACUUUCAAAAAUAAAUUCUACGAUGAAGAGGAAGUUACCAAUAAUCCAUUUGGAUAUCAGAAGCUUGAUAGAGUGGCUGGAGCUGCACGUGGAAUGAUUAUUAUGAAGCAUCUGAAAUCGAAUCCACGUUGUGUUAGUGAAACUACAAUUCUCGCUUUUGAAGUAUUUAACAAAGGUAAUCAUCAACUAUCAACUGAUUUGGUCGAAGAUUUGCUAACCGAAGGACCAGCGUUCGAGCUGAAAAUCGAGAAUGGAGAAGAGAAAAAAUAUGCUGUGAAGAAAUGGAGUCUUCAUAAGACUCUCACCAUGUUUCUCGCAAUCAUCGGAUUCAAAUCGAAUGACAAAAAAGAGAAAAAUGAACACGAAGAGUGGUAUUACGGAUUUAUUGAUGCAAUGAAGAAUGAUCCAGCUAAUCGAGCGGCUCUCUACUUUUUGGAUAAGAACUGGCCAGAAGAGCUUGAAGAACGAGAGAAAGAACGUGACCGUAUCCGCCUUACCCUACUGAAAAGUCAGCGGACUAACGAGGAAGCUGUCGGCGAGGAUGUUUGCACGACAAUACGUCCACAACCGAAAGACAGCGGCUACAAUCCAGAUGCGGUGGUUACUGAACUUGUAUUGCGUACUUAUCAAGAAGAACUUGUCCAACCGGCUCUCGAAGGAAAGAAUUGUGUUAUUGUUGCUCCGACUGGUUCUGGUAAAACAGAAGUGGCAAUUUAUGCGGCUCUCAAACAUAUUGAAGAACGAACAUCCCAAGGAAAGCCUUCCAGAGUUGUGCUCCUUGUGCCGAAAAUCCCGCUUGUCGGUCAACAAAAAGACAGAUUCCUGAAGUAUUGUAACGGAAUGUACGAAGUUAAUGGUUUUCAUGGAUCCGAGAGCAGUGUCAGUGGAACAGGACGUCGUGAUGAAGUAAUUGCUACUCAUGUAUCAGUUAUGACUCCUCAAAUUCUGAUCAACAUGCUUCAAUCGGUACGUCAAAAUGAGCGUUUGUAUGUGAGUGAUUUCUCAAUGAUGAUCUUCGAUGAAGUACAUAAAGCUGCAAAAAAUCAUCCAUAUGUGUUGAUUAAUCAAAUGGUUCAAGAAUGGAAGUAUGAAAAACCACAAAUCAUUGGUCUGACAGCUUCAUUGAGUGUCAAAGUUGAUGGACAAAAAGACGAGAAUCAGAUGCUUAAUGAUAUUUAUAAUAUGCUCGCAUUGAUCAACGCUCCACAUUUGAGUACAAUCACUCGCCAAUCGAGCAUAGAUGAGCUCAAUGAGCAUGUUGGAAAACCAGAUGAUUCUGUCGAACUAUGCUUGCCUGCCAAAGAAAAUAUCCUUCGAGAUUACAUCGAACGAUACCUUAACCACGCCCAUGGCAAAUUUCUCGAAGAAUUAGCAAGCAUGUCUAAAUCAACUGGCCGCAACAACACUAUCCCACCGAAUAUGAUUAACACGUUUAAAAAGAAUCAACCGAAGAAUUAUGAGUACUACGAUUCAUUACUUCAAGGUAUUAUUCAAGAGUUGAACAAAUUGAAUGUUCCUGAGAAAUGGAAUUCUCAAACUUGGGCGAAAUACAUGAAGGUAUAUCUCGAAGCUCGCGGAAUCGUUGAUCUGAUGCCUGCGAUGGUUGCAUUCAAAUACAUGGAAAAAGCUAUUGGGAAAUUGAAUGAAAGUCAUUCAGAGACAGUCGAAUACAGCACCUUCAUCAAAGACCAUGAUACUUUGAAACAAACAAUUCAAUCCGUUGAACCAGAAAUUGUUCUACGUCUCAAGAAUACACUCACCAAUCAGUUCCACGUGGCUCCUGAAUCUCGAGUUAUUAUUUUCGUAACACAAAGAAGCACCGCUCAACGUGUCAGUGAUUUCUUGAACGAAUCUAAAGUUUUAGAUCAAUUUGGUAAUUAUGGUGAACAAAUGGUUGGAUAUGUUCUCGGAACAAACAAACAGGGCGCUGUACAGCAGACUUCACAAGAACAACAAUUGACACUUGAUAAAUUCAACAAUGGAAGACUUAAAGUAAUUGUGGCAACGUCAGUUGUUGAAGAAGGUCUCGAUGUUACUGCAUGUAAUCUUAUUAUCAAGUACAACUGUUCAUCAGGAUCAGCCAUUCAACUUGUUCAACAAAGAGGUCGUGCACGUGCCAAAAACUCUCGUUCUGUGCUUUUAUCAGUGAAGAGUAGUAUCAAUGAAACCGAGACUAACGCGUUAAUCUCUGAAAAGUAUAUGAGACUUUGUGUGAAGAAGAUCACAGAGAAUGGCGAGAAACAAUUGGCUGCAGAAGUGAAACGAGUCGCUGAACUAAAUGCGGCUGAAAGGAAACGAAAUCUGGAAGAGCAACUCAAUUUGAGAUUACGACAUGAGAAUAAGAUUUAUAAAUUGAUGUGCAGCAAUUGUUCAAAAGAGUUCUGCAAGAGUAUUUAUAUCAAAAAAGUGUUCUCGAAUUACAUGGUGUUCGAUCCAAGUGUAUGGAGAUUUUUGCAUGUUGAAUCGAAGCGAAAGGUGAGUAAGUACUUGAGUGAGGACAAUCAACCACUCAGUGAUAUCAAAUGCUUCCAUUGCAAGUUGGAUGUUGGAAGAGCUUACAAAAUAAGAGGAACCUAUUUGCCGCAACUCAGUGUCAAGGCGUUGACAUUUGUUCAAGAAUCAGACUAUUCCUCGAUGACAAAAGCAAAAUGGUCGGAUGUGGAACAGGAUCUGUUUUAUAUUUCAGAAGCAAUCGAGGAUGACUUUAGAAUCAUGUUGAAUGCGCUCUCCGAUACUGAAGAAAAUAUCGAAAAGAAGAUUGUUCUUGAUUUGGACUCACGACAACACAAUAAGCAACUCGAGAUGAAGAGAUUCCAUAUUCAACAAGAACCACCAACGAAGGGAGUUGCACCAGAAGCUCAAUGAUCAUCUCAAGGAUUUCCAACUUGUACGAGAAUUCAAUUUUUCUUAAUCUUUUUUGUUAUUUUAAUAUCAUUCAUCGUGUUCUAUUUACCGAGCAAUUUUCAUUCGAUCUCUUGAAUAAUAUAAAGCUCUAUUUAGUUU